AUGGCUGCUCACAGACGACAUAAACGGCGCCGCAGGCGACAAAUGCGACGUAUUCGUAGAAUUUCAAAAAGAGUAAUACGAGACCGAAUGAAUCCAUUAGAGAUAUAUUCUGAGGAUGAGAUUUUUGAUAGGUAUAGGUUUAGAACACCAACUAUCCUAUAUAUUUUGGACAAAAUCGGUCCAGCAAUUAUGCAUAAUACGACGAAGAACAGCGCCUUACCUCCAAUCCUGCAGAUUAUCACCUGCCUGAGGUUCCUAGCAACGGGGGCGUUUCACAGACUGGUCGGGGACAGCAUUGGAGUGUCUGAAACAACUACUGGAAGAUGUUGUCGAUCAGUCUGUGAUGCUAUAGUUCAUUUGCUGGCAGAUUGUAUCACCUUCCCCAAGGGUAACCGUGCCAGAGAAACAAAACAACAAUUUUUGAAAAUAUCAGUUAUAGGAUUUCCAAACGUUUUAGGGUGUGUUGAUGGCACAUUUAUUGGAAUUAUUGCCCCUAAUGACAACGAACCUGAUUAUGUCAAUCGUAAAGGUUUCCAUUCGUUGAACGUACAGGCUGUUUGCGAUGCCAACUUCAGAAUUACAAGUAUUUGUGCGAAAUGGCCUGGCAGCGUUCACGACAGCCGAAUAUGGCGCGAAUCUGCAUUGUGUCAGAAAUUUGAGAAUGGUGAAUAUAACGGAUUUCUACUCGGAGAUUCUGGUUAUCCUUGUAAAAGGUAUCUCAUGACACCGUUUCUGAAUCCUUCUACUGUCCCACAACAGAGAUUCAAUGCAUCACUUUGUAAAACGAGGGUACUAGUGGAACAAACGUUUGGAAUUUUGAAGCGCAGAUUUUCGUGCCUACAAGGGGUACUAAGGACAGACCCAAGUCAAGAUACGAGGUACAUCGUUGCUUGUGCAAUAUUGCACAACAUUGGAAUAGACAGGGGUGAUAUCGUGGAUUGUAGACAAGAUGAAGUUCAACUGCUUGGUGGAAACGACAAUGCAUUACAUGUAGUUGGUGAUGGAUUAAACAUGCGCAAUCACAUAGUGGAUACGUAUUUCACUUAA